AUGGCGUUCUUAUUCACCUCCAUUCAGGGUGGCGAAAUCGUCAUCUACUGGGGUCAAAACGGGAAUGAAGGAACCUUGGCCGAAACAUGCGCCACCGGAAACUAUGAUAUCGUGAUCCUUGCCUUCUUAUCCACAUUCGGCAACAAAACAACGCCGGUACUAAACUUAGCCGGUCACUGCAACCCGGCUUCUUGCUCCGUCUUGAGCGAUGAAAUCGAAGCUUGCCAGAAUCAAGGCAUCCAAAUUCUUCUUUCCCUUGGAGGUGGAUCCGGAAAAUACGGCCUUUCUUCCCCGGAGGAUGCCAACCAAGUAGCCCUAUACCUUUGGAACAACUUCUUAGGCGGCCAGUCAAAUUCUCGUCCUCUGGGAAAUGCGGUUUUAGAUGGUAUAGACUUCGACAUCGAAGCAGGAUCAGGCCAGUAUUGGGACAACCUGGCAAGGGCACUCAAAGGAUUCGACAGCUGCGUGUACUUAUCGGCGGCGCCACAAUGUCCGUUCCCAGAUGCACAUUUACAGACGGCCAUCAAAACCGGUCUUUUCGGCUAUGUUUGGUUUUAUAAUAACCCGCAGUGUCAGUAUGAUGAUUCGGGCAGUGGUGCCAAUAACCUUAUUGCCAGCUGGAAUCAGUGGACUUCGGUUCCGGCCAACCAGCUCUUUCUGGGCUUGCCGGCGUCGUCUAAUGCGACUAACGGCGGUUAUAUUCCGUCGGACGUGCUCAUUUCUCAGGUUCUUCCGUCGAUUCAGUCGGCUUCUAACUAUGGAGGAGUUAUGCUCUGGAACAAAGCCAAUGACCAGGGAUACAGCUCAGCUAUCCAGGGUAGCGUUUGA